UGUUAUGCUACUCAGUCUACUGCAGGAGCAUUGCGGUCCACUAUGCUUUAUUAUUACGAAGAAUUGCCUCUGACAGCUCAAUAUCUUCAGCUGCUACAUCACUCAAUUGUAGCAAUAUUAGCCGGUUCAGCUAGCUACAACUUAAUUAUCUAGCCACGUGUGUUUGUAGAGGUCGCUAUAGUUUUGCUGCGUGACAUAUGGUUAUAUACGACUAGUAGCCCGCGUCAGCACCGCGACCGAGAGAUGUUGGCACAGUCGAGCCCAUGGAUACAUUUGUAAUCUAAACUAACUUACGAGCAAGUCAUUAUGAUGCAGCGGACGCUUCUGUAAGAAAUUGCUGAUUGCAUAAAACAUUUUCAGACAAUUUAUUGUGCCAUAAAAAUAAGUGCAAGUUAACUAACAGCCCAGUCAAAGGAUAGAUCGAAUAGACAUGAAAUCGUCAUCUUAUGGCCGCAUCAAAAUGCGUUGUGACUAUCCGUGAUGCCUCACAAACGGGAGUGCAGGGCUGGACCCCCGGAGGUGUGCGGUGUAUGUGUAGCAGCAGCAGACGGCAGCAUGACCCGCUAACAAAGCGGCGUCCAUCACAACCUGCUCAGAGUUCAGAGGGCAGCAGUAAAUCAGCUGUCAAUCAUUAUGAGCCUCCCCCUUUAAACAAUGAAUACGAUACUAUCCUCUCAUCUUUGGCCUUUCUACUGCUGCCAGUCACCAGGUUAAUAUUUUGAUGGAGAUGUUUUGGCUUCACCUAAGGCAGCAUUUUGAUACAGGAUCCAUGGUAUCAGGCUUGACCAGCUGAUAUGACGGACAGUCUGAAGAUACGAUUUGACUUUCACAGCCCCGUCAUACAAGCUCAGACGGUGAGACAGCUUGUUGCUGCUGUGCUGAAGGAGAAAGAAACCAAUGGGCGAAUCACACAGUCCUCCACCCAGGGCCCGGCGCUGGAGGCCCUGUGGCAGCAGUGCUGCAGUGACUGCGCUCCGGUGCGCUCUGCCUGCUGCGAUGCCGUGGUGCUGCUGGUGGAUCAAGGCCACGCCGACCUACACUACGUUCUCAACAGAGUCCUCAACCUGCUGCCCUCCUCCAGAAAUGCCCAGGGGCUGAUGAAGAAUAUUGGACGGCUGCUCCAGUUGCAGGCCGACCAGAGAGAAAGAGUCCCACACUUCAGCUGUCCUUACUCCAUCAGGAGCAGCCCUCACCCGUUCAUCACUGCGCUGGAGAACCGCGUGGACUGCUGGCCCACUUUGCUUCUGGAGAUUGAUGACUUAAUUGGCCAGGCUGCUGACAGAAGUGAACCCUCCUACAUCACCAUGCUGGCCCCCUUCCUGCAAUACCUGUACUGUGAGCCUCAGAGGCAGCCCCAGCACGCCCUCCUGCGGCACAGACUCCUCAGGGUGCUCCUGCCUGCACACCCAGGGGCUGGAUCCGUCCUCCAGGAACCCACCUCCCAAGUGGCAGACAGCCUACUUCAGUGCCUCUGUCAGCUGGUGCCACACAUGCAGGUGGACAGCGUGGAGGCGGUGCUGGAGCUGUGUGGAUUCGUAGACGCCCUGUUUCAGAACCUCGUCCUGGCCCCGAAGGAACGCUGGAGGACGGAGAGAGUCGGCCUGCUUCUCCACCUGCUGUGUGCCUGCCGGCGCUGCCUGGAGUUAAACGGAGACUGCCGCCCUCUGCUCAACGUGCUGCAACGGCUGCUGCCCGCCAGUCACCAGGAGCUGCCGUUGGAUGAGCUGUUGAUGGGCGUGGCUAUGCUGCUCUUAGAGGUCCCUGCAGCUCAGCAGACCAGCCUGCUCAGUCUGGCUCUGAGUUUAGUUCCUGAGCAGGCUGAGCCGUCGCCCUGGUCCAGUCCAGUCCUGGUUCUUCCUGUGCUCCAGCUCCUGUCCUGCUCGGACCUCACCGAGCCGCUGGCUGACCGGCGGACACACAGCCUCAACAAGGACCUGGCCCACAGGCUUCUGCGCCGCAUCAGCAGACCGGCGGGGAAACCUGGUCAGUCUGGUCCCCCAUUGGCUCUUCCUCUCACUCCGUGGUACAGCGAGCUCAGUGUGGCACUGUCCAUGCUGCGUAGCGUGGUAGACCAUCCGGCGGCAGCAGCUGAGUGGCUGCUGUCCGUCUGCUCUGCCCUGUCGUCCAGCCACAGCCGGCUCGGCACCCUGGCCCUCAUCGUGACCCACCUCAUCAUCGUGGGUGGGGAAGACGUGUGCCAGCUGGCUCUCAAAGCAGGCCAGGCCGUCGCUGCAGCCGACCCCUGCCAGGUUCCCUCCCUUAUUCCUGUUCUGUUGUUCAAACUUGGGAAGGAGAAGAAUCCGGUCCUGGCUCACGCUGUGCUGAACUGCCUGCCAAACCUCGGGACUCACAAGUUCUGUGUCCCCAUGGUGCUGCAGACUCUCCACAUGCUGGCCAGCACCACUAAGCUCAGAGCGGUGGCAAUGCGCCUCAUGACCGCUCUUUGGAAGAAACAGGAUCGAGUCUACCCGGAGUUGCAGCGUCUGCUGGGCCAGCAGGACAGCAGGGUGGUGGUGGGGAGGGACUCCCAGUGGGAGCAGAUCCUGGCCAGAGCCGCCUGCGUCAGAGACAUCUGCAGAGAGAGGCCUUACCAACAUGGAAGUGACAUGUUGGCUGUCAUCACACUUACUCUGAACCAGUGCACCAAACCAGACAUGGCCACCCCUGCUGCUCUCGCCCUGCAAGGACUACAGGAGCUGUGCCGGGCAGAGGUUGUGGACAUUGUCUCGACAUGGAGGAGUCUGGGACCCGAGCUGAGCUGUGACUCGCGUCCCCAGAUGGUCAAAGCCAUUGCAGAACUUCUGGCUCUGGUUCCCCAGCUCCCUGUCAAGUCGGAUGAAUACAAGAAAGUGAAGGAGGAGGUGGUCAGCUUUCUCUGGAAUUAUGCUGUGAGCAUGGAUCCAGAGGUGGCCAGCUGUGGCUACAGGGCUUUAGCAGAUUUUCCUGAAGUGGUCCACACAAUACAUCUUCUUCCUGAUGCAGCCAGACCAGCUGCAAAGGUCCCUGAAAAUGAGGAGGAUGAAACCGUGACGGAGGAAGAGAACGAAGAGAAGGAUCUCUCCAUCCCAGGUUCAUCUUAUGUGAAGCUGAUGGCUCUCACCCCUGUGUCUGUUCUACCAGCCUUCGAGCUCUUUCUGACCUCACUGGUGAAGCAGGAGAUGGGCCAGAUGCCCCGGGGGGUGUACUUCUCCGCCCUGAGGGGGGGGAACCUGCGUUCUGACCAGGGAAAAACCAUGGCCGGGAUCCCUUCAUUCAUGUUGAAAACCUAUGAGAAGAACAAGCAGCCUGGGCUGAAGCCUGGACUGGCAGCUGGCCUGCUGCUCUGUUACGACCUGCCUGUGCAGACGGACCGUGAAGGCAGACGGAUCGACCGUUUUCUCGUCAGCCGCAGCCGCAGCUACCAGCAGUCCUUGGCAACUCUUAUUCACGAAGUGAACAUCCAGCCAUCCGAGUGGCAUCGUGCUCUCCUCCUCCCUCAGGCCUGGAGAGGUUUCAUGAGCCGAGCUUUCCACGCUGUCCUACAGGGUCGACGUGCUGAAUUAGAGAUGCUGCAGAAACGAAGUGAAGAGGAGCCCCAGGAGCUCCAAUACAAACAGCACUGUGCCUGGCUGUGGGCCAGAGAUCAGCUGGCCGACGUGAUCAAAGCUGCUACAAAGGACAGUCCUGUAGUUCAGGGGAACUCCAUCCUGGCUGUGAGCGGCCUGGCUGCUGUUCUGGCUAAAUAUGAGAGCAACCUGCCUGCUGAUGGAGACGGCAGCCUCGGGGCUGGACCAGAGUUUGUCCCCUCAGCCAGCUGGUUGGCUAUUGUUGUCAACACCAUGCUCAGCAUCAGCAGCAGCAGCUACAAAGCCAAAGGACAAGUCUUCCCAUGGUUCCUACAUCGGUCCUACUCUGGUGAGAACACAGCGAGUGCUAUCGCUCGCUCCUGUGCCAGUCUGGCGUUGUCUCUGCUGGUCCCGGUGCUGGUGGUGUGGCAGAGGGACGGUCUGGGACAGGUCCUGUCAGCGCUGCAGGCCGGCCUGCCAGGCUCCCCCACCGCCGACGACUCCCAGGCUGUCCAGUUCCACUCCGGCCUGGCACUCGGCAUGGUGCUUGCCAGUGUGCAACACCAACGCCUCAGUGAUGUCCCUCUUCACAAGGACACUGAUCUCCUCCUCAGCUCUCUGGAUGCUCUGGAAUGUUGCUCGUUCAACACCAACCUGGAAUACAAUACUGGCUGUGUUUUAGGUCUGGGUCUGGUUCUCGCAGCUCUCUGCAGCAGUGGACAUACGGACCAACAUGUCCACAUCACCCUGACACUGGACAAACUACUGUCCAACCUGCAGGACAGCAGUGGGCAGGGACGCAUGCAGCAGGAGGUUUUGGCGUACUCUGUUGCCUGUAUAGGCGUCUCGGCCUUUAAUGGAGGACUUAUUGAUGCUGACAAGGCUGAGGAGGUCAUGAACACUCUGCGCGCCCUGACUGAGGAGAGCCAGCAGACCCCAGGCUUCUCCCUGGCUCUGGGGCUGGUGGUCCACGGCCUGUCGAUGUCAGGCCAUGGUAAAGCAGAGGACAUCCAUCAUCGUCUGCUGGCAGCUUGGAUCAAGAUCUUAUUGGCCGAGGGUUGUCCUACUAUGCAGCGCCUGGCCGCCGCAAAUGGCCUGGUGGCUUUAGUCGGAUCUGAGAGUUCUCUCAUCCAGCAAACAAGUGAGCUGGAGCUUUCCUCCCAGAAACGGAGCAGGCUGAAUGAGGUUAUUCGAGCCAUCACACAGAUCAUAACAUCCUCAGGAGCCAUUGGUUUGCAGUCCAACAGUGCUUGUUUGGUUGGUCAUUUGCAUUUGGCCCAUGUAUCCACCAGUCACAGUCAUACAGCAGUCCCUCAGGAUUUCAGUUACCUCCCAGAGAAAAGCCUCAUCCGAUCCAUCGUUGACUUCAUCUCAGAGGCAGGGAAAAAAGGUCCAGAGUUUGCUCAUCCAGCUCUGGUUAAAUCGGUUCUGACCCCACUGGCAUCGGUUGGAGCCAGCUUCCAGUACCCCCCCGUCAACUGGAGUGCUGUCUUAUCUCCUCUGAUGAGGCUCAGCUUCGGAGAGGAUGUUCAGCAUCAGUGUGUGCGGCUGGCAGCGUGCCAGGUUCAGUCCUCUCAGAGUGCCUCUCUCUUUCUGGGCCCCUGGCUGUCCCCGCCCCUUGUGCACAGUCUCAGCUACCAGACUCGGGCUUUGCUGUUUGAGAGUGUUGGCUUGUGGAUGAAGCAUGUUUCUGAAGAUAAGCUCCAGGUCCACUUGGAGAGUCUGGGUCUGCAGCAGUUCCAGGAGGAUCUCCGACCCCAGCGACUGGCCCUGUGCCGUUCCCUGCUGCAGGGCCUCGCCGUGGCCAUGGCUCUCCAAAGCCCCCCCAAUAACUGCUGGACCAUCCUCUGCUCCACCACUGAGAAGAUCUUCACCCUGCUGCCCAACAACAUCCAGGAUAAUGAAGUGGAUUUGUACGUGGGAAUCAGCAAAUGUUUGUCUGAGAUGUCUGAUGCAGAGAUUGAAAGAGUCACACGGGUCCAGGAGACUCAGAUGGAGAAGACCUGCUUCGUCCUCGCUUACUUGACCUCCCAGGGCCGAGUGCCCCUCCUGGGGCUCAAUGACGUCAUUGCCGGUGUGCUUCGUGGUUGGCCAAGCCGCAGAGUUGGCUGGCUCCUCCUGCAGACUUUUUACCAGUGUCGCCUGGCCACCAGCCCCAAUACUGGUGUUUCAAAAAGAAUGGAUUGGCUGCUGGAGCUGAUGGGACACAUCCGAAAUGUUGCCUACGGUGCAACAUCCGUCACAAUUGGAGACACCAAACUGGCCACAGACUUCCUGUUCCAGGUCUUUGCUGCUGCCGUAGUUUCCUGGGGUGACCACUCCAUGCCCCUCCUGUUCGGCAUCAGGGCCCAGUGGUUCCCAUGGCAAUCCGACUCAAAGCCCCAAACUGUGCGACAUGGUCUGUACGGUGAGGAGUCGCUCACGGAGCGCGCCCUGCCACAGUGCCUGCUGGGUAUGUCCUGCAGCCUGGCUCUACUCCUGGCCAAAGAGCCUUGGAGCAGCCAGACGCACAAGUUCAUAGAGUGGCUUUUCACCAUCAUAGAAGGUCCUGAUCAGACUCUGUCAGCCACAACUGUCAGCACAGCCGGAGCUGCCCUUUUGGCCCUGAAGUCAUCCGCUGAGUUCAAGAAGAAAGCUGUAUGGACCAGAGCAUACGGGUGGUAGCCCAGAAGAGCUUUUACAAACUGUCGCCGUGGCAACGCAUGCAGGUGUUCUUCACAAAAAUGUGUCUGGAACACCUUUCGUUCCUCAGACUGCUGGACACGGCGCUGGAUGUGUGAGGCUCAUCCAGCAGAAAGGACUUCAUCGCAACGUCUAGAGGGUCAUGUUCCAGCAGCACAUCAUUAAAAGUUCCAAUAUUUUAGGAUGUUAAGUUCGAGUUCUUCUAAAGAAAAUACAGAUUGUAAUGAUUGAGAUGACAUCAAACUCACAUUAUUUAAAAAAAACAAAACUAUUUGCUGAUGAACUUCAGGGGAAUUACCUGAGAGACUUCUAUACAUUCAGUCUCAGGUGUCAUUUCCUCUUUAACUUCUUGUUCCAUUUCUCAAGGUGGUGUUUUCUCUCCUUCAGCAGUUGCCAGACGGUCACUGAGGCCCCUUAACCGAACCACACAACAUCACUGUUAAAGUCAGAAAAACAUUGUGUUUAUAGAACAAAUCCAACAGCUGCAAAAUAGAUUGCCUCCAAAGAAAUAAUAUCUACCGUAAGUGCAAGACUAUUUACAAAGAGUGACCUGGUAUAAAAAAAGGUUACUCACGAUGAAGCCAAGACUCAAAUACAGCUGAUUAAGCUUUUGUAAACUUUAUCGUACAGCAACAAGCAAAUUCUUCAGUCCUAAUACAGCUUGACUUACCUGCAAUUGAGUAACUUCUUUAUCGAGGACACACUGGUCCUGGUACUUUCAAAAGAUACAUUCUCUAUAUUUACAGUCAGGUCCAUAAAUAUUUAGACAUUGACUCAGUUUUCAUUAUGGCUCUGGCAUGGCUCUGUACACAGCUACAAUGGAUUUGAAAGGAAACAAUCAAGAGUGGAGACUUUCAGCUUCAAUUCAAUGGUGUAGGAAUUAUAAGGUCUCCUCUUUUGAAGGGAUCAGAAGUAUUUGACAAUUGGCUGGUGUGUGUCCAUAUAUUAAAAGUGACAAUUUGAUUUAUUAUAUCACUUUGUCCAAUUAUAUGUAUAACGUGUUAGAAUUCCUAUACUGUUAUGCUUAUUUAAACGUAAAUAUCCUCUAAUUGAAGCUGUAAGUAUUCUCUCAAAACUUGAUUGUAUUCACCACCACAAUAUAUGUUAAAUAAAACAGUCAAAAUGAUGAAAA